ACGCCACACAAGGCCCCGCCCCUCAUUGUCAGUCCGGGGAGCCUGAGCAGGCGCCGGCCGCCGGGAGCGGAGCGCCGGAUCCUUCGGCGGCGGGAGCGCGGGCCGGAGCCGCUGAGAAAAAUUAUGGAAACAAAAAAGACACCACUCUGUUCAUGUUAGCAUGCUUUGUAACCUUGGGCAAGUCUUCCUCUCUGGAACUUCCGUGCUCCCCAGGAAAAUGAGGCAGUUGGUGAACUGGCCACACUGUCAACAGGCAGCUACCAGUGAAAGACAGAGACUGCUUUCAAGACAGGAGACAGUGGGGAGGGCAGCCAGAAGUCCACACAGAAAGCUCCUGUUACCUAAAUGACUGAUAAUGGUCUUCAGUUGUCAAAGAAGGUUGUGGAUACCAAGAGAAAGGUGACCAGUUUCCCCAGUGCAGUUGGAUGCCUCUAGCAGCCCACCUUGGCUGGCUGUAGACAUGGCAGAAUUUGCUAGCUACAAGGAUGCUGCCUCCAGCCGCCACCUGCGGUUUAAGUUACAGAGCCUGAGCCGUCGCCUUGAUGAGCUGGAGGAAGCCACAAAAAACCUUCAGAAAGCUGAGGAUGAACUUCUGGACCUCCAGGACAAGGUGAUCCAGGCAGAGGGCAGCAACUCCAGCAUGCUGGCUGAAAUUGAGGUGCUUCGUCAGCGGGUACUGAAGAUUGAAGGCAAAGAUGAGGAAAUCAAGAGAGCAGAGGACCUAUGUCAUAUGAUGAAGGAGAAACUUGAAGAGGAGGAAAACCUUACCCGAGAGCUAAAAUCUGAGAUUGAGCGGCUUCAGAAGCGAAUGGCUGAUUUAGAGAAGCUGGAGGAGGCCCUGAGCAGGAGCAAGAACGAGUGUUCCCAGCUGUGUCUGAGCCUGAAUGAAGAGAGAAAUCUGACCAAGAAAAUCUCUUCUGAGUUGGAAAUGCUCAGAGUCAAAGUGAAAGAACUAGAGUCUUCGGAGGACCGCUUGGAUAAGACUGAGCAGAGUUUAGUGUCAGAAUUAGAAAAGCUAAAAUCAUUAACCCUGAGCUUUGUAAAUGAGAGAAAAUACUUGAGUGAAAAGGAGAAAGAAAAUGAGAAAUUGAUAAAAGAGCUUACUCAAAGACUGGAGGAGAACAAGAAAAUGAACCGAGAUCAUGUGAGAAAUGCUUCCACUUUUCUGGAGAGGAAUGACCUUCGGAUUGAGGAUGGCAUCUCCUCUACACUACCAUCCAAAGAAUCAAGAAGGAAGGGCAGUCUGGACUACCUAAAGCAGGUUGAGAAUGAAACCAGAGACAAAUCAGAAAAUGAAAAGAACCGUAAUCAAGAGGACAACAAAGUGAAAGACCUUAACCAAGAGAUUGAGAAACUUAAGACACAAAUCAAACAUUUUGAAUCUUUGGAAGAGGAGCUUAAGAAAAUGAGGGCUAAAAACAAUGACCUUCAGGAUAAUUAUCUAACUGAACUGAAUAAAAACAAACUCUUAGCUAGCCAGCUAGAAGAGAUAAAGCUUCAAGUAAGGAAACAAAAAGAGGUAGGAAAUGGGGACAUAGAAGGGGAAGAUGCUUUUCUAUUGGGCAGAGGUAGGCACGAGAGGACUAAGCUCAAAGGCCAUGGGGCUGAAGCAUCUGUGUCCAAACACACAUCCCGGGAACUGUCUCCUCAACAUAAACGGGAAAGGUUCCGGAACAGGGAGCUUGCUCUCAAUAAUGAAAACUAUUCUCUAAGCAACAAGCAAGCUUCUCCCAUUUUCACAAACAGAAGGGCAGCAAAAGCUUCCAAUCUGGGAGUAGGUACAGACAGUGGGACUCAGGAGACAAAGAGAACUGAAGAUCGAGUUGUACCUGGGUCCUCUCAGAGCGAAGGGAAAAAGGGUAGGGAGCAGCCAUCAGUGCUUAGCCGUUACCCUCCUGCUGCCCAGGAGCAUACCAAAGUUUGGAAGGGAACUUCCAGGCCAGGCACUGAGAGUGGACUUAAGGGAAAAGUAGAGAAGACAACACGAACAUUUAGUGACUCCACUCAUGGCUCUGUUCCCAAUGACACAGUAGGGAAGACUUCUGAUAUUUCCUCUGAGGCCCACUAUGGCAAGAGAGGACAGGUGCCUGGCAAUGGAAAUCAAGUAACUCAGUGUGCAGAUUCUGGCUGUUCUAAAGUCAUCGGGUCCCUAUCCUCAUCUCGAAGAGCCUCCUCAGAGGGGCUUUCUAAGGGCAAAAAGGCUGCUAAUGGCCUGGAGGCUGAUGCUAGUUUUUCAAAUUCUAAAGCUCCUAUUUUAUCAAAAUAUCCUUAUAGUUCAAGAAGCCAAGAAAAUAUCCUUCAGGGUUUUUCAUCGCCAAAUAAAGAAGGAGUUGAUCAGUCUGUAGCAGUUGUGAUGGAAGACAGUAGUCAGCAUGAAGCCCUGAGGUGUCGUGUCAUCAAAUCCAGUGGCAGAGAGAAGCCAGACUCAGAUGAUGACCUGGACAUAGAAUCUCUUGUCACUGCUAAGUUGGUGAACACAACUAUCACUCCAGAGCCAGAGCCCAAACUACAGGCAAACUCUAGAGAAAAGGUUAAGUCCCGAGGGGGACCUAGAACUGCCCUAUUUGAAAAUGAUAAAAAUGCUGCAAUAGAAAAUGAAUCUCUGAAAUCUACCAGAGCUUCCUCCAAUGCUGUAGAAUUCCCAGAUGCUAAUGGUGCUGGGGUAAAAAGCCAAAGGCCCUUCAGCCCCAGAGAGGCCUUGCGGUCUAGAGCAAUCAUAAAACCCGUUAUUAUCGAUAAGGAUGUGAAAAAAAUCAUGGGUGGAUCUGGAACUGAGGUUGUAUUGGAGAAGCAGAAGUCCACCUCUAAACCUGUGACAAGCAAAGUGACAAGCAGCAUCACCAUUUAUCCCUCUGACAGCAGUGGCCCUAGAGCCAUCCCAGGUGAGGCCCCAAGGGAGAGACAUACAUCCACCAGCAAUAUCCAGGUGGGGCCCCCAGAACUCACAUCAGUUAGCAAUCAUGUCAGUUCCCCUCUUGAGCUCUCUAUUCAUAAACAUGACAUCACCUUGCAGCUCACGGAAGCUGAAAGAAUAGGAGAUGGGUCUCCAAAGAAUAGACCAGAGACAGUGGUCUCUAGGAGCAGCAUUCUAAUCAAGCCAUCAGAUUCUGUGGAGAAGAACAGCCAUGCCCCCCCAGCGGAGACAAUCAGGUGGAAAAGCCACAGUGCAUCUUCAGAGGUAGGCUCUUCAGACACCAGACACGUCACUGUGCGGAAUACCUGGAAGAGUAAACGAGGCUUGAAAUGUUCAGAAGACCCCCCAGCUCGAAUAGGUAGAAACAUGGAAACUACCAAUGCCUACACACAGAGGUCUUCCACAGACUUCUUAGAACUUGAACAGCCCAGGUCCCACCCUUCUGAACAGGGUACUCGAAAGGUAGGAAAUUCAGGGGAUGCUCCUGAGCUCUCCUCAAGAAGGACCCAAAGUAGCCUCACUGCAUCAGAGGUACUCAGCAGGAGGAAUCGGAUAGGAGAUACCAUCACUGCUGCCUCCUGGAACCACUCAGCAAGCAUGCUCAUUUUUUGCUUAUUACUCAUUGGCACAGGAGGAAGGGGAAGAUGGCACAUUUGUUAUCAGCAGGCGAGUGCACAACGCCCUGGAGCAUUCUGAACUGCCUGGGAAGCAGGGGCUGCCAGAGCCUGAGCGAGUCUGGACUGAGGAGCGACUACAGCCAGCCAGGCCUUAUGCUGAGGAAGACUGAGCCAGCUAGGUGAAGUCUACUGUUUCUUCUCUCCUCCUGCUUCUCAGCUCCUCCCCAUCCCUGGCCUGUGAAGGACCCAAGGCCAGUUAACCAGGCUAGACACAAAGGCCUUGGCUGGGAGACUAUAGAGAGCCAGGCUAUAUGGCUCAGGUAAUUUUUGCCAGUUGUCCAGAUAGGAUCAGAGACUACAAACCAGUCACUCAGGCCCAGCCUUCCCUGAUGCAUGAGGAGUCCUCUCCUAUCUCUGUCCCUAAGGUAGCAUGGGACCACUCUCUGACCCCCAAACGGGAAGUUACAGAAACCAUCACCAUAUAGAGGUAGCCAAAAGCUCUCGUCUCUGCUCCUAAGUGAGUAGUUUGUGUAUCAAAGCCCAGUCCCUUUUGCUGUGUAGUUGAUGCCCUGAUUUUUUUCCUCACCAUAUCCUUUUUGUUUGCCCUGAGGGGGACUACCCUCACCCCAAAGAACACAUUGAGAAUUAUCAACCAGUAUUUCCAUCUAGGGGGCUUACAUUCCUUCAUCUUUUUCUUGAGAAUUUGGAAACAAAAAGGGUCUGUGCUGCUGCUCCUAAAUAAUUAUGGGACCACCCUUAUGUUGAAGCUUCCCUGAUCUGACUUUUGGCUAACCAGUUUCUUGGGGGCAGAGCAUGAUACCAAAUGGAAUGACACCAUCCUCCAGCUCCAGCUCUCAGCUCACCUUCCACAGGCAUCAGAAACAGAUCUUAUGCAUCUCCUUUCCUGGGCACCAACACUGCUGCUGGCAUCACCUUUGCUCUCUCUGGGGGCCGGAAACUUCAGCUGACUUCAUCAUUCUCAUCUUGGGAAAAUCUCUAGACUGAGCUGGCUGACCCAGCAUACUCUGCCUUCUAGGAAGUGCCCAGCAAAUGGAAAAGCAAGAACAAGUGAAUUCCUUUAGUCACUCCACAAGCAAUAGCUCCAUGAAAGGCAUGGACUGACUGCUCCCUCUCUUUUCUCCUCCAUCCCCUGUGGAGGAGGCCUUGCACUUUACCAUGCUAACUGCUGACGCACCGUUCCCACAAGAGCAAGCCCUUGGUAUGAGUAGACCAUUAUUUCAGUGAUUUCAUUGGAGGAAAGCCAAUACCUGCCUGUUGAAGGCCUCAGAUUUAUGCAGUUCAAAGUGCAUUAAGCCUUUUAGGAAGGCAGAUAAAUAAACUUUUAUCUCCUUAUACCAACCACAUGGGGAGAUUAAGAAUUGUUUGCUUGUUGCUGAAUUUUCUGAAGCAUUUUCAGUUCAAAGGGACCCUCCAUGGCUACCUUUGUGAAGUGGAUGUCAUUGCCUUAUCACUGGACUAGAAGUCUGGAAAGCCACAUUUUCCCAUCCCUCCUAGUUUUGUUACUCUGUGCUCUGUGACCUUAGGCAAGUCAAGUCAUUGUCUUCUUUGGAGCCUCUGUUUCCCCAUCUUUAAAAAAUGAGUCUUUGUUGUUUUUGUUUGUGCAUGCGCACACACAUGUGCCACACGCAGAUGCACGCUGGGGAUGAACCUAGGAGCUGGGGAUGAACCUAGGAGCUGGGGAUGAACCUAGGAGCUGGGGAUGAACCUAGGAGCUGGGGAUGAACCUAGGAGCUGGUGUGGUAGGCUAUGCUGUUUCGCAGUUCAGAACAAGUCCUCUGGAGUGGAUGACCUCUAAGGCCUUAACAUUGGUGUUGUAUACUUGUUUCACCAAUCAGCGUGAACUGACUCUUGCUUUUGGAAGGUGGUGUCCACAGGAGUCUAGGGAACAUCUUUCUGCCUUCAGUUGUCUUGGUUUUCCUGCUUUCUCCUUUCCUCACGCUUCUGUCCGGGGAUGCGCUCCAAGAAGUCUGUAAGGCCUGCUCUCCGAGGUGAAGGGACUGGACUGGGUAGUCUCAGGUCUGUGUGGCACCAGUGCCGUGUUUCCCAGCUUUCAAGCUAGGCGCUGUCUACAACACAAGUCUGUCUGAUUCCUGUUCCUGUGCCUCUCCUGUGAAUUUCCUGGCAACAGGGAAGACUCGGCAUCCUCAGGGACACUGAGUAGUCUCCUUUCUACCCUUACUCAGCACACACACUGGCACUCAUCUGCCCUUCUUGUCUGCAUCAGACUCAGCCAUCCUGCCAGGUGUGGAGAGGUCUACCUUGUUUUGUUUGUCGUCCCCUCCUCGUCCCCCUUACACGCAACACACACACAAAAGGGACAGGAAUGACUAGCUAGCACUUCUGUUUUAAUGGCAUUUUGCUAACCUGAGGGCAUUGCCAUGUGUCUUGCCUCCACAUCCCAACUUGAUGUACAACUAGGAUUAAGUGUUUUCAAGAUCUGUUCCUGCUGCUGCUUUUGGGUCACUGGCCAGAAACUCCUUCAUUCAAGGCUGCAACGUCUCGCUUGCAGUACCCCUGCCCCUUUCCUGUACCAGUUGGCAGCCCUGAGAGUUCAAAGGAAACAGACCUCUGUGGUGUUCCACUGAAGAGUAUAGGAAAUUAAGUCUGUGGCUCUUUUCUGCUGACAGAAACAGAGGGGCACCAAGCCCUGCCUCAAAAGGUCUCGCCAAUAAUUUUUGUCUUUGGGUGUUGAGCCCUGGAUUCUGGUGCUGUAGCUCCUGGUGCCAAAGUCUGGAUCUUUCCACAUUGUAGCAGCACCAACACCUGCUGUUCGAGAUGUUCUGUGGAAAAGGAACAGCUGUGGGCUGCCAUUUUGAAAAUCUGAGUGCAAUAGCAUUUGAUUGUAACAAUUAUUUCAGGAUAUUUUGUUUUUUUAAUCUGCAUACUUUGUAGAACCGCUAUAAAGUAUAUUUUCUCUUUAAAUGUCUUUAGCAUUGCAGACAACGUUUACACUAAGCAAAUGAAGGCUGGAGGGUCCAAGUUCCACUGGGCUUCAUAUGGAUGGAUAGGCUGAUUCCAAGGUUGGAAGGCACAUUCCUUCUGAAACCACCAAGAUGUAAUCUUUGGGCCUAAGCCAGAUGCUAGAGGAAACCUCCAAACAGAAGAAUGACUGGUAGUCAAACUGUUGUCUAAUCAAGCCAAAUAUUCCCUUAGUCCCCGCCAAUAGACCCACUUUUAUGACAAGUGCUUCUCUUCUACAGUCUGGGUCGAUGGCUACAUUGAGCCAACAGGUAUGUGUCUGUGAGAGUUCUGAAUAGAACAACCUGGUUCUAAAACUGCUUGGCUGGAGGAUAGAGAGCUGGCUAAAUGCCAAGAGCUGGUGUCUUCCACCAGCCGGUUUUCCACCAGCUGCUGUUACCAGCCACUCUGGUACUGAAACAAUCAGAAAAGGCUGCAGGGUGGCAGGCAAGGAAGCUGUGCCAACUCUGUUUGUGUGGCAGUGAAACAGUUCAGAGUAUGAGCUUAAAGGGAUUUGUGUGGGGCCAAGGCUACAGGCAGGCAAGCUUGCACACCAGUCACCCCUCGUGGCAGGGGCUAGUGCCUAGAUUGAUAGUGGACUUCUUGUCCUGGGCAGUGUUAGUUGUUUAGGUUUCAUGGGUCAGUAAAGGAACAGGGAUGCAGAGGCUGGCCACUGGCCACCUCUGUUGGCAUGGGUUUCUUCUCUGACAAAGACUGCUUUGUAAGAGCUGCUUUUUAGGGAUUAUCUUUUAAACACCCUGAGUGGGGAACAGGGUUCUCCUCAACCACCUCAACCAAGGUCAUAGGAAAGAGGUCCUAUUUUCCUGCUGCUUCACAGCUCAGAACAUGUAUUGAAUGGAAUGUAUUUUUAAGAGAAAAAGUCUAUUUUUUUGUAUUUUAAAGAUUGAGAGGGCUAGGAAGACAGAAAGCCCUUAAAUAAACUUACGCAUGAGGUCCUUUGCUGCGGCCUCAGCUCUGUUGGUCCACACUUACUUGCCCAGGCAGGUGGCUCUGGCUUCACCUCUGCCCCUUGGAGUGUAGAUGCAGCAGCUUCAACAUUCCUGCUCCAAGCAUGGGACCAGAGAGACCAGAAGCUGCCUCUGGAGAGCAGGGCACAGCCACAGGCAGUGGCUCAGGGCUCCUUGGGUGCAUGUGUAUAGCUGAAGCUGCCUGUCUGCAUGUAUCCUUUGGCUGUAAUGCUCUCUGUUGGCUCUGCAGCACAAUAUUGUAACCAAUAAAGCUCCCUUGUUUCCACAUGC